GCCUGGCCGCCCCCUGCCCCCUCCCUCUUCCCACCCUCUCCGUGUCCCACCCUCCGUAGCUUUGUGCCCCGGGUGCCGAGCAGCUCCCGCGUCAGCUGCGCGGCGGAAGGAGAGAACCGCCUUUAAGGAGCUGCCGCUUGCUGCCCCGGGUAGGGGCACAGUCAAAAUCACAGCAAUGUCUUACUACCUCAACUCGGAAAGCCACCUGGACCCAGGGCCCAUCUACGUGCGAGAAAAUGGGCAGCUUCACAUGGUCAAUCUGGCUCUGGAAGGCGUCAAGAGUGGCCUGCAGAAGCCAAAGCCUUUCAGACUGUUUCCCAAAGGCUUUUCUGUGGAGCUUUGCAUGAACAGGGAAGAGGAUACUGCACAUAAAGAGAAGACUGAUCAUUUCAUCUUCACAUAUACCCGGGAGGGGAAUCUUCGGUACUCCGCCAAAUCCCUCUUCAGCCUUGUUCUGGGCUUCAUCUCUGACAAUGUCGAUCACAUUGAUUCCCUUAUUGGCUUUCCUGAGCAGAUUGCUGAAAAGCUGUUCUCUGCUGCUGAAGCCAGACAGAAAUUCACAGAGCCAGGGGCGGGGCUGAGGGCUUUACAGAAAUUCACCGAAGCCUAUGGAAGUCUGGUGCUUUGCUCCUUGUGUUUGCGAAACAGGUGUCUGGUGAUUUCGGAGAAACUUGAAGAGAUUAAGUCUUUCCGGGAGCUGACCUGCCUGGACCUCUCCUGCUGCAAACUUGGGGACGAGCACGAGCUUCUAGAACACCUCACCAACGAAGCCCUGUCUAGUGUAACUCAACUCCACUUGAAGGAUAAUUGUUUGUCUGAUGCUGGGGUACGGAAAAUGACAGCACCGGUUCGAGUGAUGAAAAGAGGCCUUGAAAAUCUAACAUUAUUAGACCUAUCAUGUAAUCCCGAGAUCACAGAUGCAGGAAUUGGAUAUCUCUUUUCUUUUAGAAAACUGAACUGUUUAGAUAUCUCUGGAACUGGGCUCAAGGACGUCAAAGCCGUCAAGCACAAGCUCCAGACUCACAUAGGCCUUGUUCACUCCAAAGUGCCUUUGAAGGAAUUUGAUCAUAGUAACUGCAAGACAGAGGGCUGGGCUGACCAGAUCGUUCUGCAGUGGGAGCGUGUGACUGCGGAAGCUACGAAGCCUCGGGAAACCUCAGAGCCUCGAACAGCAGCUCGGCACUUCUAUGGGAAGCGGGCUCCAGCAGAAGCUCCAGUGAAGGGUCCCCUGGCAGACACCCACGUGAACUCUUCGGAGAAACUACAGUUCUAUAGAGAGAAAGCCCCGGACUGCCAUGGGCCAUUGUUGAAAUGUGAAGCUGUCUCAAGCCAGGAGUCUAAGAAGAGCAAAAAGAGAGCUUUUGAGGAGUCAGAGAAGGAACAGAAUAACUCUUCACAGUCCUCAAAGCAGAAAUAUGUCUGUCUUGCUGUGGAAGACUGGAACUUGUUAAAUUCCUAUUGAUUGGCAGUUACAAGUUGACCUUUCUCCCCCAGCUCUAAUGUAGGAGGAAUGGGGACCGAUGUUGAUUUACUUUUGUUUGAAUUUACCUAUGGCGUUAGCAUAGUAAGCAGAUAUUUCUACUUUUGUGGUGGGGGAGGGGAAUGGUAUGGAAGUAUGUAAUAAUUUCUAAUGUAUAUUUUCAAUACAUAGUAAUUUUUUCAAAUAAACAUUUUUGCUGUCUUUAA